UCUUCUUUCUCUAAAUCAUAUGAGUCCCAUCGGUACCAUCAAAUCCACUCCCAAGAACCCUCGCCUUGCUAAAGCCUUGAUUGCUGCUGCUUAUCAUGGUUUAGAAUUCAAUGUACAAGACUUUGAUCUGAACAAGGAUAGAACCCCUGAUUUUCUAAACAAGUUCCCUUUAGGCAAGAUUCCUGUCUUUGAGUCUGAUCAAGUCAACCUGUUUGAGUCUUCUGCUAUUGGUUAUUAUGCUGCCUCACUCAAACCAGAUUCUGACCUGUUGGGCAAAAACGCGAUUGAAAAAGCAUUGGUGAUCCAAUGGACCUUGUUCUCUGAAACUGAAAUUACGCGUCCACUUGCUCAUUGGCUUCCUGUUGUCUCAGCAGGUGCUCCUUAUAUCAAACCUAACUUUGAUGCAGCUGUGAAUGACGUGAAGCGCGCCCUUGGUGCUUUAGACAAGAUCUUAUUGACCAAGACGUAUCUUAUAGGUGACCGUGUGACGUAUGCUGAUAUAGCAAUUGUUGCCAAUCUGGUGAUUGUCUAUACACUCAUGUUGGACAAGCCUGCCCGUGCUGAAUUCAAGAAUGUCACACGUUACUUUACAACUGUGGCUGCUCAACCUCAUUUUAAACAGGUCCUUGGUGACCUCGUUCUUUGUGAGACUCCUUUGACACCUCCUAAAAAGGAAGCCAAAAAAGAGACACCUAAAAAGAAAGAAGAAGAGGCACCUAAAAAAGAACUUGUUGAAGAGCCUAAGCCUGCGCCUAAACCUAAAUCCAAGUUGGACUUAUUGCCUCCUUCUCCUUUCGUCAUGGAUGCCUGGAAGCGUGAAUACUCCAACAACGAUACUAAGGAUGCCAUCAAGUGGUUCUGGGAACACUUUGACCCUGAGGGUUACUCUAUCUGGAAGGUUGACUACAAGUACAACGAUGAAUUGACCUUGACUUUCAUGUCCAACAACUUGAUCGGUGGUUUCUAUGCUCGUCUUGAACGUGCUCACAAGUACGCUUUCGGUUCCAUGAUUGUUCGUGGUGAAAACAACAACAACAGCAUCUCUGGUUACUUUGUUAUCCGUGGUCAAGAAGUUCCUUAUGAGAUUUAUGAUGCUGCUGACUAUGAAUCUUACAACUUCCAAAAGAUUGAACCUUCUCAAUAUGAAGAAAAGAAAGAAGAAUUCUAUAAAUAUCUUGCUUGGGACUUUGAGGAUUGUGUUGAUGGCAAAGUGUUUAAAUAAAUAAA